UUUGUGAGGUAUCAUUAAAAAAACUGUUUAGGCUUAAUUAUAUUAGGUGGUGAAGCAUUUCACAAACAUUUUUACAACAUAUUUAAGGUGAGAGUUUAGCGAGUGUUAAAUAAACUUAAUAAUUUCCUUUGAGACCUACAUAAGCACUAAACACUGUCAUAUGGAAAAAUGGAAAGGCAUUUUCGCUGAGUCAUCGUGAUAAUGCAAUUGGUGGAUACACCAAUUGUACCAAAAGAUUAAAUGUAACAUAGAAAAGAUUUUUAAAAACUAUAUAAAUUUAACAAAUAAAAAACGUGUUUAACAUUAAAUAUAUUUAAGAUAUCUUUUUUAGAUCUUAAGUACUUAACGAAAUUUCAGUAACAAUUUUUUUAAGUUUCCAAACCAUUAUACAGGAUAGUAAUAGGUCGCAUUACACGCUUAUACGAACGUAGAUUAAGGUUACCGUUCGCUGUUAUGGAGCUGAUAAGCGAUUAGGGUGCCAGAUAGUUGGUUACGUUCACCAAUAUAUAGCUUGCCGCUCACCUAAUUUUCAUUAGUUUUAUUUUAGUAUUGGCCGGAGAAGUCAAUUGAAUAGUUUUAGAAAUGUUCGCAGUACGCUUCGUUGUUUUAUGGCUCCUGGCAGUAGUUUCUUCCACACAAGGAGCAAACAUUUUGGGACUCUACAGCAGUCAUAGUCCUUCCCAUCUAAUAAUUCACAUGUCAACGGCUAAGGCACUGGCGGAGGCUGGACAUAACGUAACCGUGGUUUCGAUGCUAAGGCCCAAGGUAAUGCACAAGGACAUCAACCUAAUAGUCAUACCGGUGACUAAGGAACAAGAGCGCACUCUGGAGAACCAAAUGACCACCAUGGCAGGGCAAAAAAACUCCAUUCUGACCACUAUGAAUCGCCUUCUAAACGACAUGGAUGUGAUGAUAGAUGCGCAGGCUGAUCUGCUCUCGGACCCGAGGUUCCAACCCAUUUUGGAGACCAAAUUCGAUUUGAUGAUACUGGGUUACUUCCUCAACGAUUUCCAAUUGGGUGUUGCAGCUAAGCUGAAGGUUCCAGUUAUUAUUGACUGGAUGACAGCGCCCAAUCCCAUAAUUGAUGAGUUUACGGGAAAUCCCUCGGAAGUUUCAUAUGUUCCCAACAUAGCCACGUCUGCAACGCAUCCUAUGGGCUUCUUAAAGAGAGCGGAGAAUCUGGCCAUGCACCUGUUUCUCAAGUACAUGAGUACACUGCUUGAAUCUAAGCUAACACAGAUAUAUAAGGAUAUCUACGGUGAAGAUAAAAAUCUGCCAACUCUGAAUGAGUUGAGAAAAAAUAUUUCCAUGGCAUUUGUCGGUUCCCAUUUAAUCAGCGAAGGUCCAAUUCGACCUCUGGUUCCUGCCAUUGUUGAAAUUGGAGGCAUUCAAGUGAAGGAUAAGCCUGAUCCUCUGCCCAAGGAUAUCGAUCAGUUUUUAAAUAAGUCCACCCAGGGAGCUGUGUUUUUUUCUCUUGGCUCCAACGUUAAGAGCUCCACGGUGAAGCCAGAAAUAGUUCAGAUCAUCUUUAAAGUCCUGUCCAGCCUUGAGCAGAACGUGAUUUGGAAAUGGGAGGACUUAGAGAAUACGCCAGGCAAUGUCUCCAACAUUCUUUAUAAAAACUGGCUGCCCCAAGAUGAUAUCCUGGCCCACCCGAACACCAAACUCUUCAUUACACAUGCCGGAAAGGGUGGCAUAACCGAAUCCCAAUAUCAUGGGGUUCCCAUGGUGGCUUUGCCCAUUUUUGCCGAUCAACCCGGAAAUGCUGCUGCAAUGGAAAAAUCAGGGUAUGGAUUGUCUUUAGAAUUGCUCUCUAUUACGGAAGACAGCCUUAGAAACACCAUCAGCGAAGUGCUGGAAAAUAAGAAAUAUUCUCAAGCGGUUGGUAAAUUUUCCGCCCUGUACAGAGAUCGACCCCUCACUGCCAAGCAAUCAGUUGUCUAUUGGACGGAGUACGUCCUGAGACAUCAUGGAGCACCCCAUCUGCAGAGUCCAUCGUUGCAUAUGAAUUUCAUUGAACUGAACAAUCUGGAUAUUUACGCUUUGAUUUUAAUAAUCCUGGCAUUAUUCGUGCUCCUCACCAGACUAAUUGGGAAAUUCCUGUGGCGCAAAGUUUUUGUCAAUGCAAAAAUCUCAAAGUCAAAAAAUAACCAAAAAAAAAUCAAAAAAAUAAAUAAAAAACAUUAA